AUGGCGGCCAAACAACUCAAUGCCCGGGCAAAGGGCCAGCGUAAGCUGUACAGCGGCCAGCGGCAACGUGACGCAACUGUCGGAAAGACUAGUCUUGUUCAAGUAUUAAAAAAUGAUCAGUGUCCCAAGACCUACACGAUGACUGUAGGAGCGGAUCUGGUUGUAAAAUCUAUCCACAUUCCGCAGACGUCUGACGUGGUCGAGUUAUACAUACACGACUGUGCUGGCAAGGAGAUGUUUAUUGACCAAAUUGAUGAAUAUAUAAAACAGCCAUCCCUCGUGUGUUUAGUCUACGAUGUAACGAAUGAAGUCUCACUGGCUAGCUGUGAAAAGUGGCUACAGAAAGUUCGAUCACAAAAACCGGAAAUAUCAGUAUUAGUCACUUUAAUUGCGAACAAGUCAGACCUGACAGAGAGCAGGGUGGUGUCCCAAAAAGAAGGGCAAGCAUUUGCAGAGAAAAACAACAUGAAGUACUUUGAAUGCUCUGCGAAGGACUCUAAAUGUGUUGAGGCGGCCUUUGGGACAUUGGCAAACUCUUUUCAUCACACGUACUUGGAGAAGACGGAAUUCUUCAAGUCACUUCACGCAUAGAAAGUGGUGUGUUGUGCACUAUUACUAUCGUCUGUUUGUGCUAUUUUCAUUCCUUAACGAUUUUUUUUUAAUAUUUAACUUUAAUUAAGUCCUUUUCAUUAGUAUUUGUAUCAUAUGACACACUGAAGUUUGCAACUAAUUAAAAAUUAUAAUAUUAUAAAUGCUAGCAAAAAUGGAAGCAAAUAUCACUUUAGCAGAAAAAAGUAUUAUGUAACCUUCACUAGGUUAUAUCAUACAAAUACUAGGAACUAAGCAGAUUGUAUUUUUCUUCACAAAUCUUUUAAAUGUGCAUAAUUUAUAUUUACUAGUACAAUACACUGUUGUCUAUGCAAUAAUUAUGGUCGUGUAUGACCUGUGGUAUUUUACAAUUAGUGCAGUGUGACAUUGAUGUAAACUCGUAGUAAUGAUAUUUUUGUGUGAAUAAUUAUACUAUUAUU